UGGAGGGGAACAGAGUCAGUGGUGUGUUGUGAAUUCAGUCGGUUAGAAGAUCUUGUGACGGUUGGACCUCAACAUAAUCGGCUCCGCCUGUUACAACAAGAGCACUUAGGAGUAAAUUGUCAGAUUGUUGGUGUGUUGUUGGCAUCAAAAUUCAUCAUAGUUGAGAUUGUUCGAUACCAAAAUUGCUCGCACAAGAGUCCACCACAAGAAUAAGGGAGAGAAUUGAAGUUUUCCAACACUAGUGCAUUUAUAGCUGUUUAUUUCCGGAUCAAAGACCGACCGAUACUGUAUUCAACAUUUAUAAGGCGUUCGGGGUGUGGUAGUGUGUCUGAGGGAAUUGUUUUUGCUUUUGCCCCGUAAAUCGACCGACAUUGUGACGUGGUGUUAGUGCGCGUGUUUCUCGUUUAAAAGGAAAGAGAGACAGAACAACACUGAGUACACGAUAGUGUGAGAGAGAGAGAGAGUUGCAGAAGACACUUUAUAAAUAACUUGACGAUUUUUUGGGUAACUCAGUGUGUGAGAAAGAUAGAACAGCAAUUAAGGAGGAGCAAGUUAAAGCGGGAUAAGUGAUUGAAGACCUAUAGCCGAGAAGAAGAAGAAGAAGUGUAUUCAUCGUUACUGGAUGAACUAGAGGAUAAGUCUGGCAGUUGUGUAGUUUGGAGAAAACAAGGAUUUCCAAGAAAACAUACAAACAGGAGGCAGCAAGCAGCAUAGGUGAGGAAAAGCCGAAGAUGCCCAGCAAGCAGGCGAAUGAUGUGUUGGCUGUUGAGGAAUUAGUGCAUGAAAUUAAGGAGAACCUACGACUGAAGGCUCGACCGUCCCAUCAUCCCAAUCGCAGCUCCAGACCAUCGCCAUAUCACAUCCCGUGUCGAUCGUGGAGUGAUGGCUGCAAUGAGAAGCACCAUCACCACACCACGGGCAAGAAGGAUGUGGAUCCUGCCAGCAUCGAUGACCCCUAUGAAUUGCUCCAGGCGCUCAUUAAGAGCAACAAUCUGGUUAAGGAGGCGGUGAGGCGUCUCCAGCUGAAUCUCUCACCCAAGCAACGAUACUUCUAUGAGAGUGACGAUGAGUCGAGAUCACCGCUGCUGAGGAUGUGUCACCUUGAGAUAUAAGGAGAAUAGGCUCUCCACAAUUUCACCCCACCUCUUUGGAUCUAUCAUGUCACUUGGAUGCAGGAAGGCGUUGAUGUGUGUUAUUUAAAAUGUGCGUGUGUUAAUUGCCCACGGAAUCAGAGAAUUGAGUGCUGUUGACUAUUUGGGACCGCUUUUCUCCCCCUCCAUUUCAUGCUUACAUUUGACAACAUCCCACCAAGAAAAAAAAAACGACACAGAAGGCACAUUUUGUGAUGUCGAGACAGAUUGUGGAGCGGCAGUUGAUACCCAACAUGAUGGACAGAAGUGUGAAAAACGGGCAUUGAUGAAAACAAGUGAUGGCGGAGUGUGAGUGUGGAGUGUUCAAGUCAAAAUGGCCGUCAUGAAGAAUUGAAAACAACCGAGGCGUCCCGGAGGUAUCGAUUGGACGGUGGGUAUGGUGUAGUGUCUGCUGAGAGGCUCAAAACAACCCUGGCGGUGUGCACAGCAGCAAUAUAAUCAAGAAGGUGCGAUUUGAGAACAGUUAGCUAAUAUUAUUAAUCAUAGGAAGCGCCGUAGUGCGUGUGUAACAAAACAAAUGAAACAUAGGCGACAAAUGUCACAAGACUAGAAGAUGAUGCAAUAGGGAGGAAAUGUCAAGUGGCGCACAGAUACAAAAUGGCAAUCGUGGCUUUUUUUUUGUUGCAAAAGACGUGAAUCACAAAUCCGAAUGAGCCCCAUGAACAAUAUUGUACUAUGUUUGUGCAUGCAUGACAGUCAUUUACAUCGCGUGACGUCAGCAACGGCGCACUGGAGGCGAACUUUUGUUUUGUAAAUAAACACACACAAGUGCUUCAACCUUGUGUGUGUGUUGGCUCGCCAUGCACACGAAACAUAAUAAAGUGUAUGUAAGAGAAAUGUCUGUGAAAUGCCCAACAAGGGGUUUCCAUUGCAAGAUGACUUGAGACGGAAAUGGAGAAAGAGAGAUGGUUGAAUUGCAAAACACACCAUCGAUUUAUUCUUACCUGUUUUUGUUCACAGUGACGCCAUUUCGGAUGAAAAUAUGUCGGGCAAUAAACUCUCUUCAUCGCCGCGCUCUCUUGAUAUUUCACAAAAUAAGCCUUUGCAUCAUCUUGUGUCCAUUGUGAAUGUUACAAUAUAGAGAGAUGAAAGAAAGAAAAAAAACUCCAUCGAAUAUUAGAUUUUAUAGGUGAAAAAUUACUUUCCAAAAAAUAAAUCAUACAUAAAUUAUGGUCAAUCAUUGCGACUUUUCUUUACUCUUAAAAAAUUUUAAAAACAAAAAGAAGAGAGAAAUGUUAUAUGAAAAACAAAAUCUGCUUUUGUGAUAUAGUUUUUAUGUAAUUAUGAAGAAAAAAAAGGUAUACUUAUCGUCAAGUGAAUGAUGAACCCUAUAUAUUUAAAUGGUAACAAAUGUAUAAGUAACCAUAUUAAAGGAUUAAACAUCAAUUUAAUAAACUAUAAUGAUGAGAGAUGAUGAGCACAAAGAAGUGUAUAUAUAUUUUUUAAAGAAAAAAUAAUGAUCAGUCGCAAAUAGUCAACAGCAUGAAUAGAUUUCUGAUUUAUCAAAGCUAUAAAUGAUGAUAAAUGAAAUGAUAAACUUUUGUCUUAUAAUUUUAGUUAUCGGAAAAAAAACUAUAUUAAUGAGAGAAAAUCAGUAUAUGUAAAUUUCCAAAAAACACAAGCAUAGAUGGAGAGUGAAUGGUAAUUAUUUAAUUACUAGAAAACUAUUCAACUUAUAUAUUUUAGCAAUUAGAUAGUCUCUUUUUGUAAUAUGAAAUUUCAAAUAUUAAACACAAUGUGAAGCAAACAACAAAUCACAUCUUGAGGAUGAAUUAUUGAGAUGAAUAUGACAGAGAAAGGUGGAAUUUUUAUUUCCAUACGACUGCAAAUAUAAAAGAAAAAACAACAGUUUAAUAAAUUUUUUGAUUUAUACCGUUUUCCAAAUCGCAUCGCGUCCCUCAUUAUGGAAGAUUUUUAAAUGCGAAAUGGUUGAAAUUUUAGAUGAGCGAAGGAGAAAAAUGAAUGAUAGACUGCAAUGAAAGAAAAAAAAAGAAAUAAAUUUUAGAUUUAACCUAGAAAUCAAAGUAAAUUUGUAGGUAGGAUUCGUAUGAAAAUGAGCAGUUUUUGGGGGAGUUUUGAGGAAAAGUACCAAGAAUAACUUCAAGUAUAUAUAUAUGGAUUAUUAAAUCGGCUUAAAAAGGACACUUAAAACCUCAAUACAGUUGAAAAUAUCACAAGAAGAUAUUCAGACUAUGUGAAAAAAACCCUCAUUUUUCUUUUAGUAAUCGACUAAAGAAUAUAUAAUGAAAAAUUUUACGCUUAACAUUUAGAUUUUGUCUUGGGUUUCAUUCACCGAACCUCUUUGUCUAAAUGGAGAAAAGAAAACCUUUUGAAUUCUUUACUAAAAAAUUGAUAAAUGGUAAAAAUUUGAAGAUAAAUCACUAAAUAGUAAAUAAGAUUUCAAAUGAUAAUAAAAGAAAAUGAAGAACUUUUAAAUGUGUGUAUUUUGUGUAAUGCAUGCGAACAAUACAAUUUUUUGAGAAUGAUUACAAAAAAACAUCUAUUAAAAAUACCUAUCAUAAUAAUAAUAAUACUAUAAAAAAAACAAAUUUAGUGAUUAUAUAUGAAUAUAUAAUUGUAUUGAUAAAAUGAAAUCUUAAACAAAUUGUACAAUGUUUUAGCGGUAAAUAUUUCAAAGAUAGAUGUCUGAAGAAAUUUUCACUCCCCAUCCAAAAGAAGAAGAAGAAGAAGAGAAAAAUUGAAGAAUAAAUGUAAUUUUAAGUGGAUAAUAAUGCAAAUCAUAUUGGGAAAGUUUUGGCAAGUGAAAAUCACGUGGAGUGAUUAGGAUGGAAAUGAAUAAGAAUGUUCCUUUGUACCUAAUUAAAAUUAAUCUAACAAUAAUAAAUGAUAAUGAAAUGAUGGUAGAUUUUGAAAGAUUUAAUGAUUUACAGGGUGACAAAUAGACAUUUUAGGAAGCAUACGCAAAUUUCUGUAUAGGACAAAGAAUAAUUUCCCUGUUUUAUUAACAAAAUGAAAGGAGAAUAUAUAUAUUAGUUUAUUUUAAUAUUAUUUCACUCUCACAUAUGAGAAAUUGAUACACACAUUCUUAAGUAUUUAAGAAUACUUUCUAAGCUUUAUUUUCUCUCAACUUCUGCUUAAUGUUUUCUUUGAAUGAUUGUAGAUUUUUAUAUUGAUGAACUAACUACUUUCUCACUUAAUAAAUUACAUCGCUUCCCCAAUAUUAUAAAAACAACAACAACAACAAUAUAAUGAAAUGUGGUAGAAGUAUAGUGAAAAUAUUUAAAUACUACAAUAUAACAGUUUCUUCAGUAACAGAACAACAAAACAAGACAUUAAUUAAUGAACACGUCCAAUAUUAAACAACAUUUUUCGCAGUUGAAAAAAAAA